AUUAGCCUUUCUGGGUUCGUUCAAGCCCCAUGUGCGGCCGGCAUGGCCCCGCGGCCAUCACGGCCUGCUGGUGAGCAGUCACUGCCCGCAUCCGUGACAAGCUUGUUGCAGCAUGUCCAGGAGCAGGCAUUGCAUACCGAAAGUGAGAAGUUGGCAUCGCGCUUGAUUCGUUUGCUGCACUGUGUUUCCCCGCGGAUCACCGAUGGAGACUCACCCAAAGUGCUGGAGAUUGAUCUCAAUGUGAUGAGAUCUCUUUGUGCAGACGGCAUUCCGGAUGAGGCUCCUGCACUACGGGCUGCACUGUGGAAGCUUCUUUUGGGCUUUCUGCCAUGCGACGCCUUUCGCUGGGAUGACACACUGGCGAGUUCUCGUGCUGAUUACCAGACCUUCCUCCAGGAAUUGCUAUCGGAGCUGCCGGCCGACCUUGCUCAAGCUGGGAAUCAGGCACAGCAAAGGCCUGGAACUUGGCCCUCGGAUAUUGUUGAAGAUCACGUGGUGCCCUUGGCUGAGGUGCUUGAGCAGAUCAGGAAGGAUGUCCUGCGAACAAGGCCUGAGAUGGACUUCUUUUGCCGCACCCUAGCAGCUGCAUCUGAAUCUUUGAAGUUGGAGGAGGGUGAAGACCGCAGCUUCAACGCCUGGGAGGUCACGGAGGCCGUGACCAGUCGAGAUCCCGAAUGCAUCGACGUGGUGAAUCCCAAGAGCCACUAUGACGUGCUGGCACGGAUCUUGCUUCUCUAUGCGAAGCUCAAUCGUGGUGUCCGCUAUGUGCAGGGCAUGAAUGAGCUUUUGGCACCCUUGUACUAUUUGUUUGCACAGGAUCCACUGAAUGGAUUGCAUGCAGAGGCGGAUACGUUCUUCUGCUUCAGCCUUCUGAUGUCUGACAUGCGCGAUGCCUUCGUAAAGACGAUGGACAACGAGGAAGGUGGCAUGAUGGGCCGAAUUGAUAAGUUCAGCACGCUGCUGAAGGAAAAGGAUGAGGAGGUCUGGAAGCACUUAGAGGAACUAAAUGUGGUUCCGGUGUACUACACAGUCCCGUGGCUGACCCUGAUGCUCACUCAGGAGCUUGACAUGGCAGAUGUGCUCCGCUUGUGGGACUCCCUGUUGAGUGACCUUGCCAGACCACAUCCUCUUCUUUGUUAUUUGUGCGUGGCCAUGGUGAUUGGUAUCAGAGAGGUGCUAUUGGCAGGAGACUUCACAGACUGCAUGCGGAUGUUGCAGUCCACCCCUCUGAAAGCGGCAGUACAAAUCCAGGAUCCAACCUUCUCAGUUUUUCUGGAGUUGGCACUGAAUAUACCAUCUCAGCAUCUUACAGCAACUGGUGUUUGAACAUGAGCUGCUGGCAUUCAUAAGGCACUAUCCUCCAGUUCCCGUGGAUGAUCUCCUGCAAAGCGCACUCAGGCUUCGGGCAGCUGACCGCACGGGAGUGGGCUUUUCUUCGAAUGACCUAGAGGCCGCUGAUGGAGGUGUUGAAGCGGCUGCUGCCAUGUCAAAAAGGAGUCCUGGGGGCUGGUGGCCUUGGUCUGACUUUUCUUUGAGGAAGUGAAGGAACGAGACUCCAUCAGUUCGCGGCUAGAUGCUGAACUGAGCUCUGCUCCAUGAAAGUUCUCACAUUGUUGUUAGUAUAGUGGGCCAGUGGCACAGAGUCUAUCGGUUUUGAUCUCGAAAUGACCCGACGCUGAAUCUGCCUGCAAGGUCAGGCAGCUUCAUUCGCCUGUUUCACAUAUUAUUUUAAGGUUAUUUCGUUUCACCGGUUUUCGUGGACAUUUGAAAA